UUAAUUCUUCAACCGAACAUGCGCAAAAGAACUCCCGACCGCCAGUGUUUAAAAACAAAACUUGAACAGACUUGCAUUUGAUAAACUUUCGUAAAACUUACAAAAAUGACAACUCCAUUGGAGGACCCGUCUCUGGAGCGGCACUUUAAGGGUCACAGGGACACAGUGACAAGUGUCGACUUCAACCCAAACAUGAAACAGCUGGCCUCCGGGUCAAUGGACCAUUGUUUGAUGGUGUGGAAUUUUAAACCUCAGAUGAGGGCCUAUCGAUUUGUUGGACACAAAGAUGCGGUGAUGAGUGUGCGAUUCUCACCCUCGGGUCAUCUUGUAGCGUCGGCCUCCAGGGAUAAAACAGUGAGACUCUGGAUCCCUUCAGUGAAGGGGGAGUCAACAGUGUUCAAAGCCCACACAGCCACUGUACGGAGUGUGGACUUCUCCAGUGAUGGACAGACCCUUCUCACCUCAUCAGAUGAUAAAACUAUUAAGCUCUGGACUGUGCACCGACAGAAGUUUUUAUUUUCUCUCAAUCAGCACAUGAACUGGGUUAGAUCAGCCAAGUUUUCCCCAGAUGGCAGACUGAUAGUAUCGGGUAGUGACGACAAGACAGUGAAACUUUGGGACCGCAACAGCAAGGAGUGUGUGCAUACAUUUUACGAACAAGGAGGGUUUGUGAACCAUGUGGAGUUUCACCCCAGUGGUACUUGUAUAGCCUCUGCAGGCACUGACAGCACAGUGAAGGUCUGGGAUAUCAGGAUGAACAAGCUUCUACAACACUACACAGCUCAUGCGUCUGCAGUGAACAGUCUCUCGUUCCACUCGAGCGGUAACUACCUGCUGUCUGGCUCUGAUGACGGCCAGCUCAAGGUGUUUGACCUGUUGGAGGGGCGCCUGUUCUACACGCUGCACGGUCACCAGGGGCCAGUCACGGCAGUUGCCUUCUCACGAGGCGGAGACUACUUUGCAUCAGGGGGUUCAGAUGAACAGGUGUUGGUUUGGAAGACCAACUUUGACCAGAUGGACUUCACGGAGUUACUGCAGACCCACAAGCAGCGUGCCAGUAACGGCAAUGCCCCUACAGUGGCCGACAUUGCUCCCAAGAUACCGAGACCUGGCUCCGCAGCCUCUUCGGUGUCUAAGAGCUCGGGAAAGGGGUUGAGGGCGGACAUCAAGAACAUGGAUGAUGAGGCCCCAGAGGUCACAGAGGUCGGGCCAGCAAUGUUCUCUCCUGCAGAGCAGCUGUCUGGUGACGAUGUGGAGAUGAGGUCAGCGGACUCGAGGUCACGGGGGUCCCGGGGUGAUGAGUUCCAGUCACGCCCCACCACCCAGCCCCUGGAAGAGAAGUCAGCCAUGACCCCGCAGCUCGCUGGCACCCUGGAACACAUAGUGGGGCAGCUGGACAUACUUACACAGACUGUUUCUUUGCUGGAGCAGCGAUUGACUAUGACAGAAGACAAAUUGCGCGAAUGUUUAGACAAUCAGCAAAAACUUGCAGCACAAAGUAGACAGAAGGACUGAUGUCCAUAGUUUUUAUUUAUUGCCAUCCUCCAUUAUAGUUUGUCGUUAUGUACCCUUGUACUUGUUAGCGAGUUUGAUGCAGCUAGAUGCAGCUAGAGGACUGAAUGCCAAAACAUGUCAAGUUUAGUUCAUAUUGUGAUAUGGACAUGAGUAACACGUUGGCAGUGGACAAAGAAUGUUAAGAGUCCAUGAUUUACAACAAGUUUCAUUUAGACAAUAUGGGAAUUGUUCAAACUGUAUGCUUUGUGUUGUAAACAAAACAACAGUUUCUGUUGGUAAUCUCAUUAUUAUUGACCUUAUCUCAUUUAAUGUUUACAAUCCAUGACUAGAGUCAUGUAUGUUCAUUUGUUAUGAAGUCAAGUCCAUGUGUCUACUUCAUGUAUUGUUUGGUGAUGUACCUAUGGGGAACCUCAUUUUUAGCUCGGCUGUUUUGGGAGAAAACCCGAGGUAUUGUCAUAGCCAGCUCGUCGUGUUGUCCGCCGUCCGCGUCGUGCUAAAACCUUAACAUUUUGUCAAGGUUUUGAACAUUGGCUCUAAAAUCAAAGUGCUUCCACCUACAACUUUGAAACUUCAUAUGUAGCUGUACUUUGAUGAGUUCUACAUGCCACACCCAUAUUUGGGUCACUAGGUCAAAGGUCAAGGUCACUGUGACCUCUAAAAAAAAAAAAAUUCUGACAAGCUUUCAUUUCUUCAAAAAUGCACCCGCCGCCGAGCGUGGCAUCCGUUAUGCGGUGCUCUUGUUAUGCGUUUUAUUAUACCCCCUCAAAAGAAGUAUAAUAUUUCGGGGGUAUCAGGGGAGGGGGGGGGGGUAUAGGAGUGAGCUAGUUGAUGAUUUUCAUUGUUUCCAGAUUAUAUGACUGAAAGGUAACUCAAAAAAGCUAAUUCUAUUUAAAAAAUAAACAUUAUUAACUAACAUAGAUUGAUAGAUUUCCAUAGGUGGUCAGGCAAAAUGUGAAUAAAUAAUGCAAGUAUGUCAUUGAUAUAUGGUUACUUCCAUAAAAUAUUUUAAUGCAUAAAACAGUUUAACAAUUAAAGUAUGCAUUCACAAGAAACUAUUAUUGUCAAAAACAAACAUUUUUUUAAGAAAAAUUAUGUACAUUAAAAGUGUUUGAAAACUAAUAUGUGCAUGCAUCUCUAAACUUUUUAUGCAUUUUGACCGCAGUUGCUCUAUGUCUUCAAAUGAUUUGAUCGCCCUUUCUUCUGUUGUUACAGUUCUUUUGAAGUUGUAAUUGUCCCUUAUUUACCCUCAUCUAUCUCAUCCAUUGUUUCUUAUCAUCAGCUGUCCUUUCUGUAUUGUCUUCAAAAUUUCUUUAUAAAUAUGGAGAAAGAUUUGUCAAUACAUUGUUCUUCAAUCAUUUCCAUGACUCUUGAGAUAAGAUUCUUCUUUUAUUCUAUCUCUCAAAUUUUGCAAAUCAAUGUCAAGUUGACUUAAAGCUUUGCAUUUGCCCUAAUUUUUCUUAGUUAUUCAUGCUCUUGACAGUAACUUUGCCAAUAGCAAGAUUAAACCUUAUAAUUUCAAAUAAAUAAUUGUUUUCCAAGGUUGAUGCAGUAUUUAAUUUUAUAAUAAAAUGGUUUGCUUAUGGGAAGUCUCUGAAUCCUGAAUAUGUUUUAAGUUGAGUACGGUAUAUUUUCUAUAUUUGUUAUAAUAAUUGUGGAAAAAAGCUUAUUUUCAUACAAAAGUUAAUUCAAUUGUUCCUAAAAGUAGUUUGACUUGAAAUCAACUUAUUUUGUUUCAGAACUUCUGGGAAUAGAAAUAGUUCUGUUAUAAUACCGACUGUGCCUGUGUUAAUUACGUCACAUGUUUAAUUGUAUGCAGUUUUAUCAUUAUUAUAUUUUUCCUGACAUUGUGUAGAUGUUGUAAAUUUGCAUUAUAUUUAUUACUUUUUUUACCUAAACUGUGAUAUUGUAAAAUGUACAUGUAUGUAUUGACAGAAAAAAAAUGUGUAAAUAAAUUAAUGUCAGUAAGUAUGU